AAGCCUUCCAAAAGCCAGAAAAAGAAAAGCAGCAGAUAAGCAUAUCCCGUGUUAUAUUAGUUUGUGGGAUGGCAAAACUGUCAGAUCCUCUUGUGGUGGGGAGAGUGAUUGGGGAUGUUAUUGAUGCCCUCUCCCCAUCUGUGAAAAUGUCAGUCACUUUCAACACCAACAAGCAGGUAUAUAAUGGCCAUGAAUUUUUUCCAUCUGCAGUUACUAACAAGCCUAAGGUUGAGGUUCAUGGAGGUGAUAUGAGAUCCUUUUUCACCCUGGUGAUGACAGACCCAGAUGUUCCUGGUCCUAGUGACCCUUACCUGAGGGAGCACUUACACUGGAUAGUGACAGAUAUCCCCGGCACAACAGAUGCCACAUUUGGAAGGGAAAUGGUGAACUACGAAAUGCCAAGGCCAAACAUAGGGAUCCAUAGGUUUGUGUUCCUCCUCUUCAAGCAGAAAGGCAGGCAAACAGUGAGAAGCAUACCAUCAUCAAGGGAUCGUUUCGAUACCAGGAAGUUUGCAGAAGAAAACGAACUAGGGGUUCCUGUUGCAGCUGUCUAUUUCAAUGCUCAAAGGGAAACAGCUGCUAGAAGACGCUAAAACAUAAAGUGGUUCACCAAUGGAUCGAU